AUGGAAGAAAAAUCACCCCCAACGGCGGUGAUGGAGGCGUAUCACAGUGCAGGCCGUCGCGCCCGAGAGGUGUAUCGAUACUUCCGGCCAGAGCGCCUAGGAACAAUCUCUGAGAAUGCUUCUUUAUCCAGCGGCAUUUCUUCCCAGAGAGGUCGAGUAUCUCGCGAUGAUCAAUCUAUCCAUCAAAGCCGUGAUCCAUCAGUGUUAACGGAGCGAAGCACCACGCAAAGCUCACAAGAUUCAUGGGCUGCAUUGGGGUCUUUGCCCGAAUCUAUGGUACUGGGAGAACCCAGUACUACGUUAAAAUCCUUUGCGCAAUUGGCUGCAUUCCGCUUGAAUGUGGACCGGGUAUUUAUCAGCGUAUCCAACCGAGACUCGCAAUUCAUCAUCGCUCAAGCUGCUCAAACUACGAAAGGCGAUGGCAAAUACGAUUUCCUUGGCGACGGCGUGUAUACCGGCUGCUCGACACUCGACGCUAGCUCAUGGAAAAUAUGCAAGGAUACCAUUGCAUUGGCCCCAUCCAAUCGACUAACUGGAGAAUACAACUUCCUGGUAUCAAACGAUCUCAGCCAAGAUGACCGCUACAAAACUCUCCCUUUUGUAAAAGAGGAGCCAAACUUUCGAUUUUAUGCCGGAACACCACUCACGACUGAAAGUAAUAUCAACAUAGGCUGCUUUUUUGUCCUGGAUACGAAAACUCAUGCUGAAUUUACCCAUCUUGAGAAAGAGACCAUGGCACAUAUGGGCAUGCUCAUUAUGGACUUUCUCAAGGUCAGCCGUCAGGCAUCCGAGGGUCUUCGAGCUUCCCGCUUGUCUCACGGUUUAAGUUGCUUCGUUGAGGGGCAGUCGAGUCUUACGAGUAACGAACAAGACACGGCUGCGGGAGAUGACUAUCGAAAACCUGGCAGAUCAUCCGGAAUUAGCACCAAUCGCACCUCAAACGACCAGUUGGAUGGUCGCAGCCUCUCAUCUGGACGUUCUGGAUCUCGCAGCAAUAGUGCAUACUCUCUCGACUCUGCCUCUGAACUAUCGGUCGAGAAAUCCAUUCCAUCCAGCUUUGAUUCAAACUAUGGCCAUAACUGGUCCCAGAACAAGGCGAAAGAUGAAGGGGAGACUCAUCGAGGGAAUUCAUGGACAUUCCGACGCGCAGCCAACUUGAUUCGUGAAAGCCUCGAGCUGAAUGGAAAUGAUGGUGUUGUUUUUGUCGAAUCUGACAACGAUCCAAUGCACAACAGUGGGUCUGACAGUGAGCUUUCGAGCUCAGUGGACAACAGCAAGGCCGUCACCGUCCUGGCAUUAUCCACAGAAGACGGUGGUACGGAAAGGAGAACGCCUUUGUCCUGCUCAAUUUCAAAUUUAGACGAAGACUUUCUGCGUCGGUUGCUUAAUCGAUAUAGCAGAGGAAAUAUCUGGUCCUUCCAUCGGGAUGGCCUGUUAUCCAGCUCCGAUAGUGAGGAAUCAGAAGGAUCACCUGAACCCCGUGGGAGGAAGAACCCAUCUUUAAAACGAAUGAAGGCACAAAAGAGGAAAACCACAGAGAAUUCGAUUCUAAACAAGUGCUUCCCUGGGGCAUCCCAGAUUAUUUUUGUGCCCUUGUGGAACCCGGCCCAUUCGCAAUGGUUUGGUGGCUUCUUCUGUUGGAACACAAUCGAAAGCAAUGUUUUCAAUCCAUUAGUGGAGCUCAGCUCUCUUUUGGGAUUUGGAACCUCGAUCAUGUCAGAAUGCAAUCGGGUUGAUUCACUUAUAGCUGACCGACAAAAAGGGGACUUCUUGGGCAGUAUCUCUCAUGAGCUUCGCAGCCCUCUCCACGGUGUACUAGCAGCAGCAGAGAUGAUGCAAAGCACAGAACUAACGACAUACCAAAGCUCACUGAUGGAAACUAUCGAUGCUUGUGGCCGAACUCUGCUUGACACGAUGAACCAAGUUUUGGAUUACAGCAAGAUCGUGUCCCUUGAGAGACAGCUACGACAUUUGAAGAAACGAGGGGACCAGUCGCCCAAUCUUCGAAUGAAACAUCGCUCUGCGGCUCACCUGGACAUAUACACAGUGACUGAUGUGUCUGCUCUGGCCGAAGAGGUGGUGGAAGGUGUGAGUCUUGGUCAUCAGUAUAGCCAGCGACAUCAAUCUCCUGGUUAUGAUUCAAUGAAUUCAAUCACAGGUGGCGUCCCUGAGCCACAUGUUCUCGUGGAUCUGGAUAUCGCGAAUCACAAUUGGGUAUAUCACACUGCACCCGGAGCCCUUCGACGAAUCAUCAUGAAUAUCUUCAGCAACGCAAUGAAAUACACCUCUGAAGGCCGCGUUUUGGUGCGCCUUGAGGUAAAGGAAAGCUCUGAAAACACCCAUCAACAGGCACAAAGACCAGAUCUAGUGACAUUGACAGUAUCCGACACUGGCAAGGGCAUUUCUGAUGACUUCCUCCGUGGGCGAUUGUUUGUACCAUUCGCGCAGGAAGACACUCUAGCAAGCGGAUCGGGCCUCGGUCUUUCCAUUGUUCGCAGUUUACUCAAAUCACUCGACGGAAAUAUCAAUGUCCAAACUCAAGUUGGUAAAGGAACCACUGUCAAAGUAACCGUGCCACUCUAUCGUUCAGAGCCAGAUAACUGUGUGAAUGACAUGCGCUCCAUGUCCCAAUUAAUGCAGCGACAAGAGAUUACAAGUGAUCUGAGUCACAUUCGAAGGGACUUUUCUGGACGCAAGGUUGCCAUUUGGGGAUUGCAGCUUGACAGCGUUUCCAAGCACCCAUUCUGGUCAAUGGUUUCCCAUUAUCUAACCGAAUGGUUUGGUCUGGAACUGGUCUCACCAUCGUCAGGGGAAACCAUCGAUAUCCUCUUGGUCGAAGAAAUUCCUUCGCAGUCCGAGAUUAAUGAGAAGGUCACUGGCGAUCCUGCAUUCUUGCAAAUAGAUACCAAAGGUGUCGGUCAUGAUUCGAUAAAGGUCAAUUCGCUUCCAGCCACCAAAUUUGUCGAUAUCAUUCACCGUCCCUGCGGUCCCCACAAGCUUGGGAGAAUUAUUCGAAAAUGCUUACAACAUCCACUUUCGCUUCCUUCUAUCGCUGAUCUCAACAUUGUGCCUGAAAACUUGAAGCCACCAAUCAAGAAACAACUCGAAUCGAAACCUAACAAUACGUUGAGCGCCAUCAGUGACACAUCGACCGAAUCACCUCAAAUUUCCAGCAAGAAAGACGUGGCCCGCAUUCUAGUCGUCGAAGAUAACAAGAUCAACCUCAAUUUAAUGCUCACAUUCUUGAAGCAACGAGAAAUACCGACUCUGGACUCGGCUGAAAAUGGCCAACUAGCCGUGGCCGCCGUGCAAGAAGAAACGCAAGGCUACGAUAUCAUAUUCAUGGACAUCUCGAUGCCGGUCAUGGACGGAUUCGAGGCAGCACGGAAUAUCCGCGCAAUUGAGAAAGAGCGCAAUGCCAGUGAAAAGCCAGCCAUAAUUAUCGCUCUUACUGGACUGAGCAGUCAGAAAGACGAAUCGGAGGCCAUUGAGUCUGGAAUGGAUUUCUUCUUGACAAAGCCGGUCGCAUUCAAGCAAGUUGCGAAGAUCCUUGAUGGGUGGGGAGAGGCAGGCUUAUUGGAGCAGACCCAACCGACUCAACACGGGGUCUCUUCAUAA